AUGGGAGCAUUGAACAGCUGCUGUAUCCCACAUGGCCAGUUUGACAAGACUCCCCACUCCAGCACUCCACACAGUAAGGGCUGCCGGCGAAACUUGAGUGCCACCUUUAACAUGUCCGUCAUUGAGAACACCAGCACUGAUUGUGGCCUAGUUAACGUCAACACAGCCAGCGAGGAGGAGCUGAUGACCCUUCCGGGGGUCAAUAGGGUCAUAGCUAAAAAGAUCAUCGACUACAGGAAUCAUAUUGGCGGGUUUCAUUGUGUGGAGGAUGUUGCUUUAACUCCGGGAGUUGGAGCGGCAAAGUUGGUGAUCAUGCGCGGAGAUAUUUUUGUUGAUCCACCAGAGGGAAUCGAAAGAGGUGAAGGAACCCAGGUUUCAACUGGACAACUUAAGAGAGACCUAGAGUCGCCUGCAGCUGUCUGUGUGAAUUCUGCAAAUAUUUUUACUCUGUUGAGGGUCAAGGGCAUUGGUAUGACAAUAGCCAAAAAUAUUGUUGUACAUAGAGAGAAGUAUGGGAAAUAUGCAAAACUGGAAGAUUUGUUGAAGGUCAAGGGUAUAAAUCUGAAUAAUCUUGAAAUCAUGCUUCCUUUUUUGACUGUUGAAGAUAAAAAUCAGAAAUCGUUGAAGAUAGAUGAUGCUAAAAAUGGAAGCUGUGUGAAUGGUGCCACAGGAAAUAAAAUAAUAAAGCAAGAACAAUUAGACCGAGAAUAUAUUCGCAGAUCUACAUCGUCAAUAGAAAAUCUGUUGCAGAUUUUGGGACCAUUAGCUAAAGUGCCAGAAAGACCAAAGAUAGACAAAAUAACAUUUAAAUAUAAGAACGGGGACAUUCUGAGGCUAGCGUCCUGGAACCUGGAUAAAUUUUCUCUGGAAAAAUCUGGCAAUCCUGGGGUGAAAGAUGUUGUCUGCAUGACGCUCCUGGAGAAUGGAUUUGGACUGGUAGCGGUUCAAGACCUGACAGAUAAAGAAGCUUUAAAUGAAAUAUGCAGGGAGCUGAACUCUCCAACUCUGCCUAAUGUGAAGAAGUGGGCUGGCAGGAGAGGCCAGUGGGCAUGUGUUGUGUCUGAGGCAGCAGGUUGCUCACAUUUGGGGAACACAUACCAAGGAUUUCUCUAUGACAGAUCUCAGAACAUUCAACUCAUCAAGUCUGGUCUGCUGGAAGGCACCCUGGGCACAGACACAGCCUCCCUCUUUUUGGGAGCAUUUAAGAUGACGCCAGGCCUGACAUUUGCAGCAGUCAGUAUGCACUGCCAGGCAGGUGAUCCCACAGAUGGACAUGUGCAGGCAACUCCACAUCAGACAGAUCAGAUUCAUCAGGUUGUCUGCAGGGCCAAGCAGGAGCUCACAGGUGAGGAACCGGUCAUCAUUCUGGGAGACCUUUGUCAGACUUCACACAUGCAAGGAGAAAGUUACUUUGGUUGCAUUCCUUCAGAGGCCGCCAUGGAUGGCCAGGAGAAGUCUCCAGGGUGUGACAGGAACUGUGGAAACAUUUGGAUCAGCCAGGAAGCCAGUGAUGUGUACACAGGAGUCAGCGGUGUUGUCAGAGAUGGUCUGUCUAGUAGCUGGAUCCCCAACGGGUGGUCAUGGGGUGGUAGGGUCAGCAGCAGUUGUCCAGUUUACGCCGUGAUCUACUCCAGCCAGAAUGUUGGUCAGGAGAAACUCCAAACAGCAGCAGCAGCAAAUUGA